UGUCGCCAUGUCGGGGAACUUUCUAAGCAAUACAUCAACCCUAAAGAAAAAUCGCACUUAUUUAUGUCACCCCUCUCAUAAACAGUCAUGAUGGUUGUCGUGACAUUGAUUAUAACAACAAUAGUAAAAAAAAAAAAAAAAAAAAGGAUAAAGGUGAUGCUAGAAAACCAGGUUCUUAGGAGUGGUGGUUAACAUCUCAGAGAUUUGAUACCAUUUUUAUUUGCUUCUAAAACUUGUUCGGAGAGGAUAAAAGAAGUUCUUGCACAUGUUGUUUUCAUCCCACAUGUUUGGUUUUACACGGAAAAUUAUGUUUAUUAGGUUUUUAUAUUGAUGUUUAACAUGUUCAAAUGAGUUUCUAUAUACUAUGUAUUGUCGGAUUUGCGUUAAAGUGUGUUAUGUUGUAUGUUUAUUAUUAUUCACUACUCUUAAUGUAGCUAGGUGAUGUUCGGCCGACAGGUAUAAUUACUAAAUUCUUUACAGUAUAGUAUCAUGUACAUCUGGAUAGAAACAAAAGUUUAAGACUAUCAACUUCUCACAUCUCCAUACCUACCUCCAAGAUUGGACGUUGUUGUUGUAGAUGAUGUUCGAACUCUAGUAGGUAAAUAAAUAGUGACGAGAUAUCCUAAUUUGAUGCUUACAUCCGAGUCAGAAAACCUGGUAACCGAAAUAAAAUAAAAUCCCUUCAACAAAAAUAAGUUCAUGAGAAAUACUGUAAUAUGAAAUCACAAAGUCACAACUAAACACAGACUUGACUUCACUCUGCCUCCAACAUAAGAAGAUAAGAAGAAACCAUGAACUACAACAACAGAGCGGCCAUUGACAACCUCCAAAACAUCUUCAACAAUCAACAAUACAGAACCAUCACAAAAGUCCGUUUGAAAUGGGUCAAAAACCGAUCACUAGACAACAUUAUAGACAUCCACACCGAUCUCAAAGCCGCCUGUUUACUCAAAGACGCCAUCAUAAACCGUCCAAUCGCCACCCAAAAAUUCCUCACCGCCAAACAGCUUUCCGACACCCAAAAACUCCUCGGCAUCACAAUCCCAACUCUCCGUUUCAUCCGCCGUUAUCCGACUCUGUUUCAUGAAUUCCCACAUCCUAAAUAUCCUUCACUCCCCUGUUUUUCUUUGACAAAUAUCGCCUUAAAUUUGCAAAGAAUUGAAUCAAGAAUUUAUGAAAAAAAUGAAGCAGAAAUUGUUGAAAGGUUGUGUAGGUUGUUAAUGAUGUGUAAAGAUCAUCAAUUGCCUGUUAAAUCUGUUUAUCCAUUAAGAUGGGAUUUGGGGUUUCCUUUUGAUUUUGAUAAAAAUUUGGUUGCAAAGUAUCCGAAUUUGUUCGAGAUUGUUAAAGGGAAUGAUGGGUCAUGUUCAAGUUUGAAACUUGUGAAAUGGGUCAAUGAGUUUUCAGUUUCAAAGGUUCAGGAAAGGGGUGAAAGUAAGGAUUUGAGUGAGAAUUUGUAUAGGAAGUUUAGGUCAGGGGAAAGUGGGUUAGGGUUUCCUUUAAGUUUUCCUAGAGGUUAUGGUGCACAAAAGAAGGUUAAAAGUUGGAUGGAUGAGUUUCAAAAGCUGCCUUACGUGUCACCUUAUGAAGAUUCGAGUGGACUUGAUCCGGAAAGUGAGUUGAUGGAGAAGAGGGUUGUGGGUGUUUUACAUGAGUUUUUGAGCUUGACUGUUUAUAAGAAGACUAAAAGGAAUUAUUUGAGGAAUUUAACUGAGGAGUUUAAUAUGCCAUUUAGGUUUACUAGAAUCUUUACGAGGUAUCCAGGGAUUUUUUAUCUGUCGUUGAAGUGUAAGACGACGAGUGUGGCGUUAAAGGAAGGGUAUAAGAGAGGGAAGUUGGUAAAUCCUUGUGAGAUUGCCAAGUAUAGAGCAAAGUUUUAUCAUGUUAUGAGGACUGGUCUGAUUUAUAGGAAGAAAGGGUUGGAGAUGUUGCCUGAGUUGGAUAAAUUGUAUGAUGAUAACGAUUAUGAUAAUGUGCUUAAGAACUACGAGAAAGAGCCGUCGGAUGGUGAAGAGGUUGAAUCAAGUGGUGAAUGGGUUGAACAUGAAGAUGGAGAUUCAGAGUUUGAUGAUGUUUCUGAUCAAGAUUAACUGGUCAAUUUGAUGUUAGAAGAUUGAGAGGUAUGAUUAUAUGAGUUAAGUCUCUGCAACACUGAGGAUGUGAAGAGAAACUUGCGUAUGAGGCUUUUUUGUUGUUAUAGAAAUAUGCUAGGAAUUCUUUCUCUUCUUUGAUUGUUGACGAUUAUUAGCUUAAGGUUGUAUAAGCAUAAAAGGGUAGAUUUAAGAUUAUUAAACUCAAUGUGCUUAUAGUAUGUCUUCUGCCUCUUAAUGUUAAAAUACCUUUACAGUUGUGGUACA